CUUACAAAUUCAAAAAGCCAUUCUCUUCAGACAUCAAAGAUUGAAUAUAUUGAUGACUUACCAGAGUAUCCAACUAGUCAUAUUCAUGGAUACUCAUAUGUUGUUGCAUCUAGAGGGCGAUCACAGAGUGAAAUGGAGCAGCUUGUUCAUGAGGUAGCACUGAAUACUUUAUACUUGCUUUUAAAGUACUUGCUAAUUGAUUACAGAAGUCUCAGAAAGAUAUACAAAAUUCUAGAGACAGAUGUUGGAAAGCGAAAUGCAUACAGUUACUAUCGGUCAAAAAGAGAAUUCUUUAACAAGGGUUACGCAUGUGUUGACCAGCUUCCAACUUGCAAGCCAGUUUUUAAGUGGCAUACUGAAAUGAAUGUUCAUGGCGAAUAUCCACCAUAUAUUGGCUGCAGUAAUGGAUCUAAUGAAUUUUUAACAAAACAUCAUAGAGGAUCUAUCCAAGGCCAUACAUCACUUGAUAUACAGUUUCUUGAAGAUAUUUUUAACCACAAUAUUAUGCCAGCAACUGAAGAAUGUGGUGUUUUUGAAUCACUAGCAUCCCGACGAAAGUACUGUGUGGAUAUUAAUGAAUGUCCAUAUAUCCUCUUUACAUCCCAUGGAAUUCAUCAACAUCCACCACCACCACCAAGCAAGGCACCGGAACGGAUUUUACAAGGAGUUAAAAGAAUUAUUCAACAAAUACAAGACCCAAGUUUGACUACAGCACAAUUUCUUCGAAAUCCACAAUUAGAGGCAUUUUGUCAGCAGUAUAAUGCUUCUACAUUAGCAGAGAUCCACUCAAGCUUCUGUAAUAAAGACUGAAUUGCAACAAUCAUUCAAAAACAACAACUUCUUUCAUACCCUAAUGGACAAGAUAUUAAUGGGUUGCUUUUCCUACAGAACCGGGACUCACUAGUGAAU